AUGCAGGGGAACAUGGCGAGGCUGGUGUCGUCUUCCCUCGUCAGGGGGCUCGUGCGGUCGUGCCGCGCGCCCAGCACGGCGACCGUGUCACGACCAGCUUUCCAACAGUUCAUGACCUACUCAUCAGGAAUCAGUGGUGAUUCUAACGUGAAUGGGGGCACAAGUGCAACACGAGUAACCGCUGAUACUGAUACACAUCAAGAUUUCCAGCCUACAAGCAAAGGUUCUGACAUGUCUUUGCAAGACAUCGUUGCUCAGGAUAUCAAGGAGAAUCCAGUCAUUAUCUUCAUGAAGGGUUAUCCUGAAGCUCCCAGGUGUGGAUUUAGUGCACUGGCUGUUAAGGUCCUCCAGCAAUAUGGCGUCUCUAUCACUGCCAGAGAUAUUCUGACUAAUAUGAAGCUCAAGGAGAGUGUCAAAGCUUACUCUAACUGGCCUACCUUUCCGCAAAUAUUUAUCAACGGGGAGUUCGUUGGGGGCUCUGACAUCAUAUUAAGCAUGCACCAGAAAGGGGAACUUAAGGGUUUACUUGGUGAUUCCGCACAAAAGGGCGAGCAAGACAGUGCCCAGUGA